AGAGAGCGGAGGAGGAGGAGGAGGAGGCGGCAGUAGCAGCGGCUGGGCCAGGAUGCGCUUGGCAUUGUCCUGCGGUGGAGGAGGCGGAGGAGGCGGGAGCAGCAGCAGCUGCGGCACCAGAGCGCUCCUCCUGCCGCAGCCUCGCUAGCCGCCCAGCCUCCUCCUCCUCCUCCUCCUCAGCCGAGGAAGGAAGGAAGGAAGGAAGGAAGGGGAUCCUCCUGAGCCUCCUCUCCCUCAGAGGCUCACCAUGGCGGCCCCGGGCAACAUCGUCUCCGUCAUGGCGAGCAAGACCAAGACCAAGAAGAAGCACUUCGUGGCCCAGAAAGUCAAGCUUUUCCGGGCCAGCGACCCGCUCCUCAGCGUCCUCAUGUGGGGGGUGAACCACUCGAUCAAUGAACUGAGCCACGUUCAAAUCCCUGUUAUGUUGAUGCCAGAUGACUUCAAAGCAUAUUCAAAGAUAAAAGUGGACAAUCACCUUUUCAACAAAGAAAAUAUGCCAAGCCAUUUCAAAUUCAAAGAAUAUUGUCCAAUGGUUUUUCGUAAUCUGCGUGAGAGAUUUGGAAUUGAUGAUCAGGACUUCCAGAAUUCUCUAACAAGAAGUUGCCCUCUUGCUAACGAUUCUCAAGCUCGGAGUGGUGCCCGAUUUCACACUUCUUAUGACAAAAGAUACGUCAUCAAAACUAUAACUAGUGAAGAUGUAGCAGAAAUGCACAAUAUACUGAAGAAGUAUCACCAGUUUAUAGUGGAGUGUCAUGGCAACACGCUACUUCCUCAAUUUUUGGGCAUGUACCGGCUUACUGUUGACGGAGUUGAAGUAUAUAUGAUUGUUACAAGAAAUGUAUUCAGCCAUCGUUUGUCUGUUUAUAGAAAAUAUGAUUUAAAGGGCUCUACAGUAGCGAGAGAAGCCAGCGACAAGGAAAAGGCCAAAGAACUGCCAACAUUCAAAGACAAUGACUUUAUCAAUGAUGGUCAAAAGAUUUAUAUUGAUGAAACCAACAAAAAGAUGUUCCUUGAAAAGCUUAAAAAGGAUGUGGAGUUCCUUGCUCAGUUAAAACUCAUGGACUACAGCUUGCUGGUUGGGAUUCACGAUGUUGAGAGAGCAGAACAAGAGGAGGUAGAAUGUGAAGAGAACGAGGAAGAUGAAGGGGAAAGUGAUGGAACUCACCCAGUUGGAACACCUCCAGAUAGUCCAGGAAAUACACUGAACAGCUUGCAGGCUUUUGCUCCUGGAGAAUUUGACCCAACCAUUGAUGUUUAUGGAAUAAAAUGCCAUGAAAAUGCACCUAGGAAGGAGGUAUACUUUAUGGCCAUCAUUGACAUACUUACCCAUUACGAUGCAAAAAAGAAAGCAGCACAUGCUGCAAAAACUGUCAAGCAUGGCGCUGGUGCAGAAAUUUCAACAGUUAACCCUGAACAGUAUUCAAAGCGAUUCUUGGACUUUAUUGCCAACAUUUUGACGUAACCUAAUGUUCCAUUGGACAGAUACAUGAGGUCUGGGAACAACAGCAAUGGCUACCAGUGUGUAAGGGAUAAAAGCUUCUUUUAAAAGGAACUCUCAAGUGCUAUCUUGCAGAAGGCAGCCCCCUUGUUUACAUCUGCUGGCAAAGAUGACUGACUGGGGUGAAAUACUCGCUUUUAAACAGCUGCCUGAUUAUGCCCAGCAUAGUUCUAGCUAUUUCUGAUGCGCGUGCGUGUGUCUGUGUGUGUGUGAGUGUGUGAGUAUGAGUGUACAAAAAUGAAUAUAAAUUAACUAAUAUUAACUAAAAUAGAUCAGCUUCUUACUCGGUGUGCAUUGCAACAACAACACUCCGUGGAUACUAGCUGAAGUGGAACAAAUGGACAAAGGAGUUGGGAGGGGGGAAGGAAGGGAGGAAUAUGUGCAUGUUAAGUUCAACAACAGCAUUGGUAUCAAAACUAAACUGUGGAUCAGUUUAAUUUUUGAACUGAGUGAUGCAAGACAGUAUUGGUGACAAUGACUAUGACCUUUCUGCACAGGUUACACUUAACAAUCCUGCAUGCUGACACUCCUUAAGAAUAGCUCCAAGUGUUGGAAGAUUUCCUGUUGGCAACGUUUAGAUUUUAAUUUUAUUAAAUUGGCCUAUCACAACAGGAAACAGUCUUCCAGGAAUUGAUAGGUUUGGCUCUUGUUUUACUACGAUCAAAAUGCCAUAAUCAUGCUGUGUGUUCUUUGCCAAGGGUAAACAUAUUUUGAUGGGUUGGGGGCAGGAAGAUAAACGGUUUCACUGUUUUAUUACACAAAGAUUUCACACUGUAUGUUUAGCGUAUAGGAACUGAGUAUGCUACAAAGGAAAUCAGAUAUGCUUUUUAGAAGAAAAGCAUUGUUUUGGGCAAUAAUGUUAUUUUCCAUCACAUGAACAAAGGAAUAGGAAAGUCUGUUCAUUUCCAAUUGAUAAAAGAGAGAGAGAGAGAGAGAGAAGUUUAAAUGCUUACAUGUGCUGUUUUUAAUAUUCUAUUAAAGUACUCCUUUUUUUUAAGCCCUAAAUUUUGCUGUUUACAUUACUAGGAAAACAGGGAUGCUUCUGAGGCUGUGUGCAGUAUGUGAAUCUGAAGUUUACAUGUAAAGCUAUUUUGCAGUGCAAGAUGAAGUAAUACCUUGAGAUGUAAUAUGCAGUAAUGUACCCAAGUGGAUGUUUCACUCACUUCCAUGAUAGAUUUUACCAUCAAUGAUGACAGAUUGUUUUGAGGUAUUAUUUUUAGAAGUGGCGUUUUUAUUACUUUAAUAAUAAUAAGCUUUGUUUUUUCUCCAAAUUAUGUUGUUUGAUAGCUUAAAGUUUUACUGUCACCUGUAACCUGAAACACUCUAAAUUUGGGGGAAUGUUUCCAAACUUCAGUAAAGAUCUAAUUUGAUAUAUGUUUAAAAUUAUAUUUUCUACUUACACACUGUGCUAAAAUUGUGCCUUUUAAUAAUUCUUUGUUGAAACAGACAUUCAUAGGCAACUCAUAACAACAGAAACUGCACUACCCCAGUACAAUUUAAAAUUUAUCCCAUGAGUGCCAGGUUCUCCUGCAACAUAAUGCCAGGGCUGUUCAGACUACAGCUGUGCAUAAUGUAUCUAGUGUUGACUUUUGAGAAUUCUGAUAAAACGGCAGCUGAUCUUGCUAUCUUGUGUGGCCAAAAGCUGUGUCAUCCUUGUUAUGCUCCACAGUUUUUUUAAAAUAGGGGUUUGUUACCUUUUCUUUCAGAUGUUAAGGUAUCUAAGUGAGUUUUCCACCAAAGAUAAUAAAAUUGGGAGGGGAUAAUGAUAUGAUUGUAAAUAAGAGUUAACUAUUACAUUCCCCCUUUUGGUUUUAGCUCACAAAAAUUCUUGGACAUUUUAUGGUCACUUUUUCUAUGGGAAAGCAAACGGAUGCUGAGGUUUACUCUGGGCCUUCACAACCAUCCAACCUUGAUAAUUUUACCCCACAUUGGACUACUCACUAUUCUAACGGGGAUCUCUUUGAACUUUCUUUGGAGAAGGGUUGUAGCUCAGUGUUAGAGUACAUGCUUUAUAUGUAGAAGGAUUCUAACUCUGUCCCUAACAACUCUAGAUAAUACUGGAAAUGCUAUGUCUGUAACCCUUCAAAACUGCUGACAGACAAUGUAGACAAUACUGAGCUAAACAGACUAAUGGUCUGACUAGGUAUUAGACAGCCUUCUAUGCUUUUCUUCAUCCUUAGCACACCUGCAGCUGCCUCUUUUUUCCUUCUGCUACCCAGGCUUGCUUCCUAGACAGCUACAUACCAUUCACACCAAUUCAUUACUGUUUCCACUAACUUUGUUCUUCUUCCUCUUUGAUAUAAUUGAUUGAUUGUUGUGUUGUACAGUGAUCAUGUUGGUUCCACACUUUUUAAAAUAUAUAUUUCAACUGUUGCAAAUCUGGAUAACAUAUUAAUUUCCUUAGUAAUAUUAGUUUUGUUCAACAUCUAUUCUAAGAGAGAUCCUAAGUUUUGAUGGCCCCUUGAGGGACAUGAUACCCAAAAUUGCAUCCUUCAAUUUAUGAUGUGUUACAAAAAUGACAGAUUUAAGAUAGUUCAAGAAAGAACUGUAAAUCAUUGAUUUCUAGCAAGAGUGGGCUUGAAUAAAAUGCACUCUUUCCACAUAUACUAGCCUUUUCAGACAUUGAUCAAAUGUUUUGGCUUUUCUUUUUCUUAACCCUAAUGUUUCUGGAAAUUCCAGUCUUUGCAAAUGCACCUCACACUUUCAUGAAAGAGGCACCACUGGAUCUUUGUAGAACUCCGCCUGUUUCCCAGCCAAAUAUGCCUAGGAAUGAUGCUUCACCAAUUGAAUUGCCGUCUCUUUUUCCACCUGAAUUCCUACUGGUACGAUUGGAUAUAUUGUAUACUGUACACUGGCAGACUGCCAUCAUCUGUGAUUUUGAAGACUAUAAUAAACCUCAUAAUAAACCUCA